AUUUGAAUUUAAAAUAAUAGAAAUAAAUGUUUAUAAUUAAUCGGAAUCCAAUAAAAAAAAUUAUUUUCUUCCCGAAAGUUUUACAUAGAAUUUCUAGAAAUAUGGUGAAAUAUUUAGGACAAGAAGAAGCAAUAAAUAUCGAUUUAGAAUUAUUUAAUGAGUACAAGUAUAGUGUUGAUCAAUUAAUGGAAUUAGCGGGCCUUAGUUGUGCAACCGCUAUUGCUAAAUGCUAUCCACUCUCAACUCUUUCUGGAAAGAAAAUUCUAGUAUGUUGUGGACCGGGUAAUAAUGGAGGUGAUGGUUUAGUAUGUGCGCGUCAUUUAAAAUUAUUUGGAUAUGAUCCACAAAUAUAUUAUCCAAAAAGAACACAAAAACCUUUGUAUGAAAAUUUAACGCAUCAAUGUUCAAAUAUGAACAUUGAUAUAGUAGAAUGUCCGAAAAUAGAAAAUUUACAAGAAAUUGGCUUAUUUGUGGAUGCAUUGUUUGGAUUUAGUUUUAAACCACCUGUACGUGAAGAUUUUGUCCCAAUUUUAAAUAUUUUACAAACAUCCAAAAUACCUAUUGCCAGUGUGGAUAUUCCUAGCGGAUGGAAUGUUGAAUCUGGUGCUCCGGAGAAUGGUGGAAUUCAACCAGAUUUAUUAAUAUCAUUAACUGCACCAAAAUUAUGUGCAAAAUCAUUUAAAGGCAAACAUUAUUUAGGUGGACGAUUUGUUCCACCAGGCUUAGAGAAAAAAUAUCAAUUGUCGUUGCCAGCGUAUCCUGGAACAGAAUGUGUUGUUAAAUUGGAUUAA